UGUUUCAUCGCUCUUCCAGAAUUAAAGCAACCAAUAAAAAAAACCACUAAGCGCCGCAAAGAUGCUCAUCAAGGUCCGAACACUCACAGGCAAAGAGAUUGAGCUCGACAUCGAGCCGGACUACAAGGUCUCCCGUAUCAAGGAGCGCGUGGAAGAGAAAGAAGGAAUUCCACCAGUCCAGCAGCGCUUGAUCUUUGGUGGAAAACAGAUGGCAGACGAUAAGACUGCACAGGAUUAUAACCUUGAAGGCGGAGCGACACUUCAUCUCGUCCUCGCACUCCGCGGAGGAAAAUAAAUAUCGGAGAUCCGCCAACAGGCAGAGAAAAGGAUGCAUGCAGAUAAACGCUUUGGCCGACCGCAUCGGUCGAAAGGGAGCAUUGAUAGUCGGGCUUUUGUCCGCAUGCAUAACCCGGGUCGGAGACGUUCUCGUGUCCGAGGCAGCCCCGGCGACCACAAGCCGCGCGGUUUCUUUUCUUUCCUUUUUUUUUUUUUUUUUUUUUUUUCUCCAUGAUGUUAACUUUGGGCGACAUGCAUCUGCCGGAAGGCCGAUUCCCACCGUGAUUUUGGAGCGUAGGCGUACUCGGACAUAUGUUAAAACAUUCUUGACCCUUCGUCUUUUGCCCGCUUCUCUUUUGUUCAUUAUAGCUGGCGAAUUGUUGGAGGGCUCUAACAUUGCCUUUUGUAUUGGAGUACAUUGAUUACAGGUCUUUCGCCGCUUAUUGUCUUUAGAUAUACAGGCGAUGCAUGGGAGUUACUAGCAGCUCUCGUCGCCCUUCAGCAAAUACACUAUCU